UGCUGUCAGUAAAGCAAACAUCGAGAUCAGCUCAACAGCUCCAAUCUCCGCCGCGGAACGAUGUCUUUGCAUUUGGGUCAGAGGUAGGUGUGCACCGACGCGCUGCUCUCCGAUCAGUGACAGGCUUCGUAUUAACCACGCAGCCGUGAGGACCGGCGAUUCGGCCCGCAGCGCUCAGCCUGGACUGCACCGGAAUGUCAGAAACGUGUAAAGGCUGAGAGCAGUUUGCAGACUGCGGAUCAUCCAGCAGCACACAAUGUCCACUCAGGCCGGAGCAGAGGUGCAUCUGGAGCGGGUUGGGGGUGCAGGAGUGAUCACUCUGAAUCGGCCCAAAGCCCUGAACGCCCUGAACCUGCCCAUGAUCAGGCACAUCUACCCGCAGCUGAAGAAGUGGGAGAAGGACUCGGAAACUGACAUAGUGGUCAUCAAAGGGGCAGGAGGGAAGGCAUUUUGUGCUGGUGGGGAUAUCAGAGCUGUUACAGAAGCUGGGAAAGUGGGAGGAUCCCUGGCCCAUGAUUUCUUCCGUGAGGAAUACAUACUGAACAACGCUAUUGGGACGUAUGCGAAGCCCUACGUGGCCAUUAUUGAUGGGAUAACCAUGGGAGGUGGCGUUGGCCUCUCUGUCCACGGGCGCUUUCGGGUGGCCACUGAGAAGACCCUGUUCGCAAUGCCAGAGACUGCAAUAGGUCUGUUUCCGGAUGUUGGGGGUGGCUACUUCCUGCCCAGACUGCAGGGCAAACUGGGCCUCUUCCUGGCACUGACUGGCUUUCGGCUCAAAGGCAGGGAUGUGCAGAAGGCAGGCGUGGCCACACACUUUGUGGACUCUCAGCAGAUCGCAGCCCUGGAGAAAGAGCUGGUGGACCUCAGGUCUCCUUCCUUUGAAGACGUGGCUGGCGUGUUAGAGUCCUAUCAGAAGCAGAGCAGUGUGGAUAAGGACAAGCCUUUCGUCCUGGAGCAGCACAUGGACGCUAUCAAUCGGCUGUUUGAGGCUGGCAGUGUGGAGGGAAUCGUGGAGAAUCUGCAGCAGGACGGCUCCUCGUUCGCACAGACGCAGGCAGAGACCCUGUCCAAGAUGUCUCCCACCUCACUGAAGCUGACGUUCAGGCAGCUGGCGGCCGGGGUCUCCAUGAGCCUGCAGCAGGUGCUGGUGAUGGAGUACAGGCUGAGUCAGGCCUGCAUGAGAGGUCACGACUUCUAUGAAGGUGUGAGGGCAGUGCUUAUUGACAAGGAUCACAGCCCCGAGUGGAGGCCCUCCACACUGCAGGAUGUCACAGAGCAGGUCCUGGAUACGUGCUUCGAGCCGCUGGGCCCGCUGGACUUGCGUCUCUGAGCGUGCUCACUGCAGAGCGGCGGCCCCUAACGCCUCUCUGACACUGCCAGCAGUAUGAAAGCAGCAGACUGGUGCUGUCCCACAAUGCAACACUGCCGUGGUGCAUAGGGCAGGCAGCAGAACUCACCAUUUAGUGCUUUAAUACUUUAAGGUUGGAGAAAUGUUGUCUUGUUUUUUAUAAUCAGAAUCAAAUUGUGCUCAACAGAGAUGAAAUGUUGAAGCACAGGGAAACAGGAUGUCAUUCUGAACUUUGCUGUGAUUUUCCCGUGUGGAGUCUGUGUUAGUAGGUCGUUCCAUGUAGCCCAGUCUUGUAUCUGAGCUCACUGUGGGACAUUCAGCGGGAUCAGAUCUCAUGGAGGCAGAAAGUAGAGAACUGACUUCUCAUAAAACAUGUUAGUGAGACUUAAUAAAAAUAAAGCAAAACAAGGUACAGGAACAUGUGGUUGCAGUGUAAACUUCUUAACCACCGUGGGGUAUCCACUUUGAGGAAUAAAUGAUUGAGCUCAUGAAUACAGCAGUAACGUCCCACCUGAGGGUCAAACGUGUAACCCUCACAGGUCCACACAAGCUGCUGUCCCCCUCUGAGGUGUCCCAUUUGCCUGUGCUAUUGCAUCAGACAGGAUACAAUGAAGAACACAAUGAAGACCAGUAUGUGGGAUGGCUUUUAUUUCUUACUCUUUCUCAGCAGCUGUACAGAGCGAUCGGCAGCUGAAUUAAAUACGUUUUACAUGUCUGGACAACAUGACAGUUAUUAAAAAUGAUCCUCUUAAAGAUGUGGGCGAAAUGUUAUAUUUUGCCUGUUCAUUUACAAUGUUUACAGUGUAACCCAGGAUGAUCACUAGAAGAGUCUCACCUGAAAGCAGGUGAGUAAGAUGAUGUGGGGCAGCUUCCCUCUCUUGCUGUUGUAGUAUAUUUAUAAUCACAUCAGCGUUUCAUUAGGACUAUGUAAGUGUAGGAGUGCUGGAUAUUUUAUUUCACUUCUUUUUGGCUUUUUUGGUUUCACGUCUUUUUUGGCUAGCCGUGAUGCUCUGCACUGUUAAACUGAACUCUGAUUUAGAGGGAAGCAGAAAUGACAUCAGGUGGAUAACGGUAAACUUUAAUGUACAUUUUCAUAAAUUCUGCUCUGCAGCCAUCCUUUCUUUUAUUGAUUUAUGGAUUUCAACCAUUUCUCAGACAUGGAUGUAGUUGAGACAACAAAUCAGUAGCUGGAGCAUCUGGUUUGGAAACGCUGUAUCUCAGCCAGACAGUUUCUACUCCCUUAACCUCAGGUCCUUAUAGAGUGGAAAGCUUUUAGCUGGAAUGGACUUUCUGUUGGACAGUAUGUGUAUAACACUGCUUAGCAAUAAACAGCUGUACAGAAAGGCCACUAAUUAAGGAAAAAGUAACUGUCAAUAGACACUUUCAUUGAUAGGUACUUAUAAGAUACUAAUUUACCUCAAAAUCACUCCCUCCUGUUUCAUGAUAUAUGAUAUAUACCCUGUUUAUACAAAAGUAAAGAUUAAUUGCAUCUUGAACAUUUCAAUAGGAAAGGAUGACUCACUUUUCUCGUUUGUGAUUGGUCACUCCAUACAUAAACAGCACUGUGGAACUCUGGUUGUGUUAGCUGGUACAGUUAGACUAAGUUCCUGCAGGUCUUGGUGUUCAAGCACCUGCACCAUGAGCUGGUUUCACUGCUGUGCACUGUCCAACCAUAGAGGGGAUUAAAACAUAUUUCUAAAUGGUCCCUUUUAUAAAAUGUAUAAACCGGUAAUUCACUGUUAUUGUGCAAAAAGCCCUGUGUUUAGUUCCCUUCAUUAAAGGAGCUGGGGUCUCCUCCUCCUCUCUUUCCCUUGUACCCAUGUUCUGGCCUGUUUAAUUUCAAACAAAAUGCCAAAGCCAGUGAGAACUCUGCUGUAUAAUACACUUUAGCAACUUAGUAUUCUGUAGUAAAACAAAUGAGAACUUUCCCGGUUUUUCACAAAUCAAAGACUAAUUAUUAACGGUAUUAACGGCACAUUAAAAAGAAACGCUAAUUCAGAAAGUCUGUGAAAUGACAUCAUUUAUGCUGUUGUGCAUCUGUUAGCAAAUGUUCCCUG